UGGAAAACGCAUUUGUGUAUUUCUAAGUAUUGACAAUGUAUUCUAAAUAUAGAUUUGAUCAAGAUAAUUUCCAAAUGUAUGGUAAAUAGUUUGAUCCAAGAACAAAGUAAAAGAAUACUAUUUCGUGUAAGCUAUCUUGUGUCUGUCAGCAUGGUGAGGCAGUUUUCGUGGAAAUAUAGAAGAGAACAUUCAACGCAGUUUCCCUUUGUUUGCGACAUUUGUAGACACACGAAAGGGAGAUUUAAAACCCUAAAGGACAAGGAAAACCACGAUAAGAUGACGAGUAGACAUAACCGUAACUUUAAAACCAUGGCAAUGGCAAGUGGUUCAAUUGAUUCUAUUCGGGAUGAAACUGAUUUGGAAAAGUUCAUCAGAGACCAUGUCCAAACGGAUGAUGCCUUCAGACGUGUAUGUAAAGGUGUCAUUAAGAAUGUCAGUGAUAUUUUGAAGAAUAACAUAGAGGGAAAAUACAGACCAGAUGAAGUCUUAAAGACUGGAUCGAUUGCAAAAGGAACGGCUAUAAAAGGGAAGUCAGAUGUAGAUUUAGUUUUCUUAUUGUCGAAAAGAGAAUAUCAAUCUGUUGAUCAACUUUAUGAUGACCUGUCGACAAUCUUGAGGUAUAUCAAAGAUGCACUGAACACGUGCCCACAAUUCAAAAAUGUGCGUGUACAACCAAGAGCAGUCUCAUUCCAAACAGAUUGUAGAGAACCUAAGACUGGUUACGCCCAUGUUAUAGAUGUUGACAUUUUACCAGCUGUUAAUUUUGGAGAUGUUGAUAUCAAGAGCAUCCACUCCCAAAUGAGAGAAACAACAGACGCAAAACGUAAUCUGUAUACCCCGUCUUUAACAAAAUGGCAGAGAGAUUUCAUCAAGAAAGAUAGAACAGAGCAACUUAAAAAGCUAAUCAGAUUUGUAAAGUACUGGAAAAAUGUUUGUGUUGAGAAGUCUCCAUCAUCGUUUGGACUUGAACUACUGAUGAUUUUUCUUUGGAUCCAGGACAGCAAUCCUCAACAAUUCCAGCUGACAAAUGCAUUGAAGAAAGUAAUGGAAACUAUUGCUGAUACUAAAAACAUAAGAGUUGAAUUCUUGGAAUAUUACAACAGGGAUUUUCAGCAAAGGGAUCAUUCUGUUCCAUACAUCAUAGAUCCAGUCAAUCCGUAUUCAAACGAAGCUGCAAAAUGUCGCUGGGAUGAUAUAAGCCGGGAGGCGAACAAGUUUCUACAAAAACCCUUGUUGAAAAAUGCUACAUCGAAAUUUAUUUAACUGAGUAAAAUACUUGAUUGAUAUAGGACUUGGAAUUAGAAAACAAUGAUAAGAACCUUUCAUUUGAUGUGUAAUUAAAUUUCUUUGAAUCACUUAAUUGACAAUAUACCUCUAGCUAUGAUUUACUACACCAGAGAGUGGUAUUCUAUAUUUCUUUUUCAUUUGCCUUACUUUUGUCAGUUGUAUGUGUAUAAAAGUUAAGAAAUCAAACUAAUAGUUAAGAUUAUACACUCUUAUAUCUGACUGUCUAUUGAAUUGAAUCAUACCGAGUUUUCUUCAUUUGAAGUGUUUCUAUAUAAAAAUAUUUAUAGAGAAAUGUAUUUAUAUUUCAUUACCUUAAAGCCUUAUUAAUUAUAACAGUUUUAAGUAACGUUAAUGAUAUUAAUAGAAACAUAAUUCGUUGCAAAUAUUGGAAUUUAUUAUGCAGAAUUAGGCCACCUCAAUUAACUCCCUCGCUUUCGCAAACACAUUUAAUCACCGAACUGUUAGGAAAAACGGGAAAAUUCUUGCAUUAUCAUAACAACAAGAAACGUUUUUGAUAAAAACGUAAAUGAUAAUGAUUUUUUUUUUAAAUUCAAUCGAUGAUUUGUCUUUCCUAAUGUAAAUUGGAUGGUAAUCUUCCUCUGACACCAUCUUACGGUACCUUGUGUUUAUAUAUCCCCAAAAAAUGAAAACAACACGUUAUAAAUUUCAUACUUCCUAAGAGCUUUUCUGGAUUUAUCUUCAUCAGGAACGCUAAAAGCCGAAUAUUUGAAAGCCAAGGAUGUAUAAGGCAACUCGUUCGUUAUGCCCAUGUCUGUAGCAACGUUUAGGAUUUCAAUGGACGUAAUCUAUGUAUUACUGGUAAAUUAUUAAGUCAGGGAUUUCGUUACUACAAAUUACUUUAAACCUUUACUAAAUUCUUCCAUAGAUACAAAGAUUUGGUUUGCAAGUUUGCCUGUACCUGUAAAAAACUUAUUUCAGACGGAAUAGCACAUCCUAAGUUUUACGGUGAUGUUGUUUACCGAGCCCGGAAAUUUAUAUACGAUCCGGGUAAACUUAUCAAUCCUUUAAAUAAACUUAUUCUAAAAGAUUAUCAAUUCAACUCUGUAAUCGGAUCUUUGAAUAUUAUUUUUACUGGUAUGAAUAUUGAUUUUGUUAUCAGUAAAUUAAAAUCAUACUAAUAGUUUUGUUAUACA